AUGGUUCUCAAGACUGAGCUUUGCCGAUUCAGUGGACACAAGAUCUACCCCGGAAGAGGAAUUAGAUUUAUCCGUUCUGAUUCUCAGGUGUUUCUGUUCGCCAACUCCAAAUGUAAGAGGUACUUCCACAACAAGUUGAAGCCAUCCAAGAUUGCAUGGACUGCUAUGUACAGAAAACAGCACAAAAAGGACGCUGCAGCAGAGUCUGUAAAGAAGAGGAGACGUGCAACCAAGAAGCCUUACUCAAGGUCCAUCGUUGGUGCCACUUUGGAGACCAUCCAGAAGAAGAGAGCAGAGAAGCCUGAAGUUCGUGAUGCUGCCAGAGAAGCAGCACUACGUGAUAUCAAGGAGAGAAUCAAGAAGACAAAGGAUGAGAAGAAGGCAAAGAAGGCCGAGUUUGCUUCAAAGCAACAGAAGGCUCAAGUGAAGGGCAAUGUCUCCAAGACUGCAGCUCCCAAGGCUGCUAAGCUAGGUGGUGGUGGUGGCAGACGUUGA